AUGGCCACACCUGGCCUUGGAGUGAGCCAAGUCAAACUGCACAACACAGUCAAACCCAGCGUGGACUACGUCUGCCAGCUCAAGUUCCCAUCUGGCAAUUACCCUCCAUGCACUGAUGACACCAGAGACCUACUCGUCCACUGGUGCCAUGGGGCACCGGGUGUUAUCUACAUGCUUGUCCAGGCCUACAAGGUCUUUGGGGAACAGCAGUACCUAAAUGAUGCCUUGCAGUGUGCUGAAGUGAUCUGGCAGCACGGGUUACUGAAGAAGGGCUAUGGGCUGUGCCACGGGACAGCUGGCAAUGCCUACAGUUUCCUAACAUUGUACAACAUCACUCAAAACAUGAAAUACCUGUACAGGGCCUGCAAGUUUGCAGAGUGGUGUUUAAGCUAUGGUCAACAUGGGUGCCGGACUCCAGACACGCCUUUCUCUCUCUUUGAAGGAAUGGCUGGAACAAUUUACUUUCUUGCUGACCUGUUGGUGCCAACCAAGGCCAAGUUCCCUGCAUUUGAACUCUAAACCUGAGCUUGGCAGUUCCCUGCCUGAAUCCUUCUACCCUUGGAAAAGCAGUUGGACGCUGCUUUCUCCUUCAUCCACACUCAUCAUUGUUCACCUAACUGAACAUAAAUCCAUCCUCCUGAGGGCUUUAUGAGUUCUCUAAUAUUUCUAGUCAUCUCGUUGCAUUAUUUCAAAGACAGAAUGCAGAUUUUGCUGGUGUCUCUUAAAAACACAGGGCUG